AUGCUAUUAACAAUCGGGAAAAAAUGUCAUCAAACUAAUUCACUUCCUUCAGAAUCAAAUAUAGUAACACUAGCUGAUAUCACUAAGCUUAUAAUCAUUACAAUGAAAUUAAUUUUGCUUGUGUAUGUUUUAUUGCUUCUUGGUAAUAACUAUUUUCUACAAAAUGUGGAAUCACGUAGUCAAUCAUUUUCGGUCAAAGUCUAUCAUCAACGAACAAAUACAACUAGCCGAGUAAUUGCUGAAAAUUUAAUUAAUUAUAAAAAUAUAUAUUGGGUCGGAGAUGUAUGCAUCGGUACACCACCCCAAUGUUUCAAAAUGCUCUUUGAUACAGGUAGUUCAGAUUUGUGGAUACCAUCUACGAAGUGUUAUGCAACAGAUUGUGCUAAUUUCGUGAGUAGAUUCGAUGAAUCAAAAUCAUCGACCUUUAAACAUCUUCCCAAUCGGGAAAUGUUUUCGAUAGCGUACAUGGAUGGAACUCGUGUAUCAGGUUUGAUGGGUGUCGAUAGUGUUUCAAUAAAUGGUUUUACCAUUCACCAUCAAUCCUUCGCUCAGAUCACUUUUGCAAAGAUGCCAAGCAACCUGGCAAACGAUGGCAUCUUCGGUCUAGGAUUUUAUUCGUUGUCCAAUGGAAACAUGACACCAGUUGUUUUCAAUCUUUGGCAUCAGAGACUAAUUGAUCAACCAAUCGUUUCAUUUUGGCUUGAUCCAAAUCCAGAACAUUCGAGAGGUGGAGAAAUUUUUUUCGGAGGCGUUAACUCUCAACUCUUUGAAGAUGAAAUCAUUUAUGCUAAUGUGACCAAACAACAAAUACAACGAUGGGAAAUCCAAUUGAAUGGUAUUAAGGCGGGUUCUUUGAAUUUGUGUAAUGGCGGAUGUAAAGCACUUAUCGACUCUGGAACAACGGAUAUUAUUGGACCAUAUUCAGACGUUGACCGUUUUCUACGAUCUAUUCCAAGCUAUAAUCGAAAAGACGGUACGAUCGAUUGUUCAGAUCGAUCAUUUUUGCCCGAUCUUACCUUCAUCAUCGGGGACAAAUCACUGAUAUUGACUGCAGCUCAGUAUGUUCAUUCUCAUAUUGAUUCAUCCAAUGGUAACAGUGUCAUAUGUGACCUUGGCAUUUGGGGUUAUUAUGGAAGUGUCGAGAAUGAUGAUUUUGGGUGGAUUUUGGGCGAUGUAUUUAUGAGUCAUUACUACACAACUUUCGAUUUAGGCAAAAGACGUAUUGGUUUUGCUAAAUCAGUCGUUUAUCUCAAGUAA